AUGGCCGAAGCAUUAAAGGCGGCUGCGCGCCAAUUGCCCGCGUUCAAGCUGGGCCAGAAGCAAGUUUACCUACCCAACCAUGUCAUCACGAUGCUUCGAAAAGAGCACCUCCCGCCCAACGAGGCCUGCUUCAAGGUCCCUCUGCGAUUCACAAAAUUCGACCUGAGAGACUACCUAUGGAACUUGUACAACGUCGAGGUCACCAAAGUACGAGCCUACGUCAAGCAGCAGCCCCUCACCCAGCGCAGCACCAGCUCUCGCUCCUGGUACCGACCGCAGCCCCAGAAGGUCAUGACCGUCGAGCUGGCGAAGCCUUUCCAGUGGCCGGAAAUCCCUACGGAUCUGGAGCCCUGGAGCAAUGACCUGUGGAAGAUGCGCGAGGACACAAUUGAGAAGAGGAACGAGGAGCAGCUCGUGCGACAGAAGAUGCAGAUUCCACUGAAGAGCAAGGAGCCCGUAUCAAAAGACCGAGAAGAAUUGGGCAAGCUGGCUAAGAAGAUGUUGUCUGGAGAAGUCAAGUGGUCAAACGAUGUGGCGCUGGAUCCUCGGUGGGAUCAGAUUCUGGAGAAGGAGAAGGCUAGGAAACCAGCUGAGACAACAGCAUCGUCAUAA